AUGACGCUGUUGCAUUGGAUUGUGGUGGCCGCGGUCGCUUGGUUUGCCAAAUCCAUCAUAGAAGCAUUUGCACAGAGUGAGCAGGAAGAGCGAGAUGCGCUGACCUUGGAGCACGUGAAGAGGAUGAUUGCACACCGUCACACGAGGGCCGCGAUAAAGGAAGAAGAGCUGCAACAUCUCAUUGACAUUGCUCGCACUGGUGAGGUGGCCACGUCGCUUUCGUCGCUUGAAUCAGCGUUCAUGGCGCUCUUUGCCGUAACGGCGAUCGUGGGCCUCGUGAUGGGCGUCUACCCCGCAUUUGUGCUUGGUCUCUCACUUCUUGUGCACUCCGUCAUGUGCAUGCUGUGCAGCAAUGCGUCACUCGACAGGUGGACCUUCUGCGGUGUUCGCUUGGCCCUUGCGGCGGCGGCCCUUUUUGCACUCUACGCUCAGUUGCGUGUGUGA